UGUUUCAAAAAGGCGAGGUGCUGGCUGAGGAACACAGACCACAGCCUGGGAUAGACAGGGGCAGCCAGUCAGCUCCUGCCUUCAGCCUCUGGUGGAUUGUCUGGGGGCUUUUUUAGAAGAAGACCUCCUGUUUGGAUUACUGUGUGUUUUUCCGGUCUUAAUUUGGUUGUUUGGUCGGAGCUGGAGUCACUGCAGUAGUCCGGGUCUGAGCUGGCUGGCUGUCAGUGGUGUUAGCUCUGUAGAGAAGACAGCCAGCUGGAAGAGGAGGAGGAGAAAGGUGUAAAUUAGUAAUAAUAGCUCGAUAGAUAGUAAACUAACUAGCCAGUCUGCUUUUUAUUUAUCUAGCUAGACAGCUAUUUCGCCUGUGUGUGGAUGGAGUACCGGCUGGACUCUCAUGGGAGCUGGAAGAGAACCUAACCGACACGCACCUUCUCCGACUUUCACCUCCAAAAGUGAGAAACUGCAGCAACUCCGAGAUUGACUCAAGUGUCACUAUGGAGUUUGGCAAACUGGCUUCGCUAUGGAUUAUGUGCUUGUGCUUCUUGGGAAAGUGUUGGACAGACAAGCUCAAUCAAGUCAGCACGGAGCAAGUACAAGUCGACAAUGAACUGUGCCGCAUCGAUGAGCCGCUGUGCCAAGAUGAAAAUGCCAUCCUCAGUUUCGAGGCCAUCCGCAACAUCCACAAGCAAAUGGAUGACGAUGCCAAUGGAAACGUGGAUGUCUCAGAGACUGAUGGGUUCCUGAGAGAAGACCUCAACUACCAUGACCCCAAAGCCAAGCAUAACAGUUUUCAUGGCGAUGAUCAGUUCAUCAGUGUGGAGGACCUGUGGAAUUCAUGGAAAUCCUCUAAGGUAUAUAACUGGACAGUGGAUGAGGUGGUGGAGUGGCUGGAAUCGUAUGUGGAGUUAUCGCAGUAUGCAGAGGCUUUCAGGAAAAUGAACUUCAGUGGAACUACUAUGCCACGCCUGGCUGUGAAGAACUCCACUUUAACAGUGACCGUGCUGAAGAUUCUGGACCGCAGUCACACUCAGAAACUUCAACUGAAGGCUCUGGACACAGUCCUGUUUGGAGCCCCUAUGAUGAACAGUCACAAUCAUUUAAAGGACUUCAUGCUGGUGGUGUCUAUUGUAAUUGGAAUGGGAGGCUGCUGGUUUGCUUUUAUUCAAAACCGUCACUCAAAAGACCACAUGAAGAAGAUGAUGAAGGACCUGGAGGGUCUGCAGAGGGCUGAGCAGAGUCUUCAUGACCUACAGCAGAAGCUGCGGAUCGCCCAGGAGGAGCACCGCACCGUGGAGGUGGAGAAGGUGAAUUUGGAGCAGAAGCUGAGGGAUGAGAUUAACUCUGCCAAACAAGAAGCCCACAGGCUCCGGGAGUUAAGAGAGGGCACAGAAAAUGAGCUCAGCCGACAGAAGUACGCAGAGGAGGAACUAGAACAGGUGCGAAUGGCCCUGAAGAAGGCUGAGAAAGAGCUGGAGUCGCGCUGCAGCUGGUCUCCUCCAGAAUCUCUGCAGAAGUGGCUGCAGCUCACACAUGAGGUGGAGGUGCAGUACUACAACAUCAAGAAGCAGAAUGCUGAGAAACAGCUGUUGGUGGCUAAAGAAGGGGCAGAGAAGAUUAAAAAGAAGAGGAAUACGCUCUUUGGGACCUUUCAUGUUGCACACAGUUCCUCACUCGAUGAUGUGGACCACAAAAUACUAGCAGCUAAGCAGGCUUUGGGAGAGGUAACCGCAGCCCUGCGGGAGCGUCUCAAUCGAUGGCAGCAGAUAGAGAUCCUGACGGGCUUUACCAUCGUUAACAACCCUGGUCUCCCUUCUCUGGCCUCAGCCUUGAACCUGGACCCAAGCUUCAUGGGGGGCCGUGCCACACCGCAGCACAUGGUCAUGUCUGAAGACAUGGACGACAUGGAUGAGGAGAUCAUGUCACAUGGAACUUUGCAAUAUGGCACUCGGUUCAUGGGCCGCCGAGCCAGUGACCUCAGGUCCGUAGUUUCGGAUCGCAAGUCGUUGCGGAAGUAUUCUGCUCCCAGUAUGCUGUCCUUGCGCCAGCGACACAUCGACCCACAGCUAGCCAUGGGCUCCCAGAGGUUGGUAGAGGGCAGCCACGCACAUGGGGGACAGCAGGGGGAGUGUAGCUCAUACCCGUCCUGGCCUAGGUCCAACCUAUGGCAGAAUCGCAGCCAAUCAUAUGGGCACUUUGAGGCGAUGGGUCUGACUCCUAUCUCCUCAUCUGUCUCGCAUCCCUCAAUCAUUUGCGCCUCUUCUUCCGCUACCCCUCCUUGCUCCUCCUCUUCCUCUUCUCCUGCGCAUCAUUCCUCUUUCUUUCACUCGCAUCAUUUCCAGCCAAUGGACCCCAUCCCAGACCUGCCCCCUGAUGCCACCCCGCCGCCGCCACGCCGCACUGGCAGCUACGGGGACCUGAAUCGCUCUGAUUCUGACUCCUCCCUUUCCGUGUCUCAAACUGGUGAGCAGCUGCGCAUGUCCUACAGCGCCAAGGCCCUCCCUAUCAAACCCACCUCUUUCCACCAUGGCCUGCACUCUCGCUCAGAAGAUUCGGCUCACGUCCAGACCCCCAAUGGGGGCAACAGAGUCCACGACGGUGGGGUUUCACCUGACGGAGGCUCAGAUAGUCCCAUUCUCAUGAAGAAAAUCUACGGCAUUGAGAAGUCUGCCAGCAUGAGCGAGAUCAUGUCCUUGUCAGAAUCUUCGCGCUCCAUGAGCCCGAACUCCACCGACCCUGACACUCCAUCACCUACAGGUCUACCUGGUAUUGCUGGGAUCAAGGCUGGGACUCGCAUCCCCCAACUCUCAACAAAGAAGAGCCCCCUGGAGGAGGACAGCGGCUCCACGGGUGAAGACACUGACUCGGUCGGCAAAAAGAAGCACACCUUCAAGAUCUUCAAAAAGCAGAAGAAGUAACGUGGGCUGCAGACUGCAUAAAAGCUGGCACAGCUUUUCCACCUUCCAUCUGUACUCCGCCGUUGUUAUGAAUGUCCUGAUUUAUUCCCAUUUUAUUUUCCACAGAUCACGUUUAUGGCACAAGUAAAGCAAAUGCCUUCCCAAGGUUUUUGUCGGUACUACUUCUCUGGAACAUUGGGAGCAGUCCUUAAUGGGGGAAGGGGUGUUUGUUUUUGUUAAUUUUUUCCUGAUUGCUUUAAUUGAUUUAGUGUUUUAUUUUUUCUUCUUUCUUUCUUCUUUGAGAGGAUUGCACUCUGCGGGUGUAAAGGACUAUUUAUUCUGCAGGAGGUGAUGCCAGCACUUUGGAUGGAUGCCCCUUUUUGGCUAGACUUCUUGUUUUCUUGUAUAAUCCAUAUCAGUUUGCAUGUCUUCACCUUCGUUUGACUAAAAUCCGAAUGCUCUUUGAUGUUUGCUUGGUUCUCGUCCCCUAAAGCUUAAACACAAAAUAUCAGAUGUUUCAUUUCUGCCAGUUCAUUUUUGUUGACGUUUAAGUUUUAAAAAAGAAAAAAAAAAACCUGAAUGGACAUUUCUAAAACAACUGUGACAUCAGUGUUCAUCAAUGGCAAGGGGAGUAGAAAAGGGCUGAACCAUACUUGUGAAACCCUCCUUGAAUCUGUUGCACUACUGCUGAAUGUUUAUUGAAUUGGUUUUGCAGAAAUCAAGAGUACAUGCUGAAACACACACAUUGACACAGAACACGCUGGUACCUCCAGGAGUUCAGGGAUUUCUGAGACGUGGAUGGAAUAAGAAGAUUUAGAAAUUCAAAGUCUUCAUCCAAUCCAGUGGAUGGGCACAUGGGGAAAACGUUAAGAAGAAUCAGGAGAAAGGUCUCUUGGGACUGAAUACUCGGACACUGGCUAUUUCCUUCUGUCAGCAUUGAUUUGCCUUCAAAAACCGAAGGAAGGUAGAACCUUAGUUGUUCUUAUUAAAAGUGAUUGUAAUAGAAUACCAGCGCAAGUAUUGUUGGGGGAAACAAAACAACAAAAUAAUUAUGUUUGAUGUGCCAAACCAAAGAUUUCAAAUUUCACGUAGUUUCGUCAUGACUGUAGUAAAUUCUGUCCCAGUAGUUCUAACCCAGGCAGAGAUGUGUAAAAGUUUACAGUAUUGGCACAAAUAUUGCUUUAAUUAAAAGGGUGAAUAUACGUAUAUACAAAGACAUAUUUUGGACCCAAGCCUCUCAGGUUAUGUUCACAUUUCCAGGCUAAAGGGACCGAUCGGAUUUGAGUCGUAGAUUUUGAGACGUUCAUUUGUGGUCGUAGAUUGGAUACCAUGUAUCUGAUUUGUGGGCAUGCACCAUGAAGAAUAUGAACGAUGGGAUCAGAUUUCAUGCAUCUUUUUGCCUGUAUGCUGGUGCUUGGUGCUGUUGUCAUCUGUCUCCCCUUCAUGUGCGCACGCAUCAUGCAGCCGUAUGGGAACAGCAGAUUACGUUUAUGAUUCCUGUUUCUGAAUAAAUAUUAAUAUUACAAAUUAUUAAUUUAUCACUUAAAGAUCACUUUGGCAGGAAGUACUAUUUUGCCACAACAUGCAUAAAUCUAAGUAUCUAAGUGUGCAUGCAUGUCAUUUUAGGGACAGAGUUUCACUCAAAUGUAAUCAAUGUAUUCUGUAAAGUUAGCCAAAUCUGAUCUGAGCAAAAAAAUCUGAACUGAUUAACGAGGCUUGUAAUGUGAACAUAGCCUUUACGUUCUCAAAGAGGCUGAUGUUGACUCUUAAUGCUGCUUUAAAGGUGUAAUAUCUGUGUUGGUCUUUAUUGCUAUCUCUACCGUCUCUAGGUCUUUAUGGGCCUUUAUCUACGGCAGCUUUAUAAUAACUGGAAGUGGUUUGGGUGCAGUACUGUGCAGAAGUUUUAGGCUAUCACAGAAAUUGUUUAAAACUAUUCAUCUGAGUGGUAAGUGUGUUCUGUAAAAUUCUAACCAUGAGACUAAAUACAAAUAAAAAGCCAUCUGAACAUGUUGGCGAAAGAUGCUGUUAAAAAUGAACAGAUCCACCAGCAGCUCCCCUGAUUUACUUAAAUGUAAAAUCUGAUUAGAUAAACUAGGAGUUGGAUUUGAACUGGAAUUACUGGGCUUCUAUUUUCAUGUGGCUCAAGGCUCUUGCACAGUUCUGUACAUUUUUUAGUUUUUGAAUGAAUUGGGAUUCCAUACUGUUGUUAAUCUGAUGAUGAAGUUAAAGCCUAUGUCAAGAUGAGGAGUUUGUACUGCAUUACCGUGUAUUAUUGAAAAAAGACUGGGACCAUUCUGGCCUCUCUGAAUCUGAUUUGAUUGGACACUGGAAGAAUAAUAAAAAAGACAAGCUCACUGUUCAACACUGAUUAAAUAACGAGGAGAUCUCAGAUGAUUUCUGAUUCGACUCUGAGGGUUGGCACUAUGCAUUCUUCCUGCAGUUUCCCGUGUUUUAACAACUGUUCUGUUCACCUGCGGGACUAGUUUGGUUCUGGGCUUACCAAAGCAGCACUGCACGAGACACCAACUCCUCUGAUGUGGACUCAUUUCCUAAAUGUAGAAGAAGGUAUGGGUGUUAAAAAUCCCAACUGUUUCAACUGGUCAGUCUAAAACAGGUUUGCGCUGUUGGUCCAACUUUUGUCAUUUGUACAUCCUUUUGCACGAAGAUGCUGUAAAUGAUCUUUGCUGUCGGUGUGUAAGUGUGUGUGUGUGAGUGCGAGUGUGUCUUAGCUGUCUGGUGUCAGUGAACUGCACUCCUCCAUUGCGUUGAUGCAUGUUACCCUGCUGCAAUACCAGUUGGCAGAUUCGGGGAGCGUUUUGGACUCUCUGUCUCACCCCAGAUAUUUCCUACUUACGCCUCUCUUUGAGCUUCUAUUUAUGAUGAUCUACAUUUGUACAGAAAGAAAUGGGCAAAAAUUUAUUUUGCAUCAUCUGUAGUGUUUAAGACUGUAGUCUGAGUCUUCAAAAUUUUAUGGCACUCCUGCAUGAAAGCAAUAAACAGUUUUAAAGAAAAGAGUAAA